GUCUGUGCGGAAUCCUCAGCCAGCCCAAUUUACAUCCAUUCAUGAAUCUGUGACGUCAGCAAGCCUUUGGGCUCCUUUGCGGUGGGCUGGAGGAUUGUGUGGGUGGAAUCACCUCUCCCUUAUUUUCCUAAUUCUGCAAGCCUUUUAAAAUUAACCUUCCAUCUUUUAAAGCAAGAAAAUGGAACGGCAUGUGUAGGAAUUCUUCAUUGUUGUGUUGCUUUUCUGGAAUACUUGAGAAUCUUACCUUAUGUGGAGAUGGGCUCUAAAAACCGUCCUAGGAAAAAUGCUACUGCAUUUGCUGUGAGGGUAUCGUUGAGGCUCUUUUAUCUGCCUCAUUUUGUGCAGAUCAGAGGAAGAAAGGCCUCUCAAGCCUUAGUACAAGUAUAAACUGCUUCCCCUGGACAACUGGUUUUGGAGCCGUGGCUUACAUCAGCACCCUGUCCUAAUAAGCCUCUGAGUGUCAUCUCAGAACCUUGGGCACACUCAUGGCACGAUGGCCAACCCUCAGGAGCACCUGAGCUGCUCCUCCUCCCCACACUUAUCCUCGAGUGAAAACAAAACCUUUCAUAGACUACAGGAUGAACUUGCACCUAUGGGGAGCCAGCCCUCACCCAAGCUCCUUAAGGACCAGCAGGAAAAGGGGGUGGUGCAAACAGAGCUAACUGAGGGUGUGAGCAGCCCCAUCACCACAACAGUACUGACAAGUGUGAGCGAGGACUGCAGGGACCAGUUUGAGAACAGCGUUCUCCAGCUAAGGGAACAAGAUGAGUCAGAGCUGGCCGUUUCCCAGGGGCACGGCAGCACUGGGGAUGGAGAGAGCAUGAGUGGCACUGAAGACAUCAAGAUUCAGUUCAGCAGGUCGGGCAGUGGCAGUGGUGGGUUUCUUGAAGGACUAUUUGGAUGCUUACGGCCUGUAUGGAAUAUCAUUGGGAAGGCAUAUUCCACUGAUUACAAGUUGCAGCAGCAAGAUACCUGGGAAGUGCCAUUUGAGGAGAUCUCAGAACUGCAGUGGCUGGGUAGUGGAGCCCAAGGAGCUGUCUUCUUGGGCAAGUUCCGAGCAGAGGAGGUGGCCAUCAAGAAAGUGAGAGAACAGAAUGAGACGGAUAUCAAGCAUUUGAGGAAGUUGAAGCACCCUAACAUCAUCGCUUUCAAGGGUGUUUGCACUCAGGCCCCAUGUUAUUGUAUCAUCAUGGAAUACUGUGCCCAUGGACAACUCUACGAGGUUUUGCGAGCUGGCAGGAAGAUCACGCCUCGAUUACUAGUAGACUGGUCCACAGGAAUUGCAAGUGGAAUGAAUUAUUUGCAUCUCCAUAAAAUUAUUCAUCGUGAUCUCAAAUCACCUAAUGUUUUAGUGACUCACACAGAUGCAGUAAAAAUUUCAGAUUUUGGUACAUCUAAAGAACUCAGUGAUAAAAGCACCAAGAUGUCCUUUGCUGGCACAGUCGCAUGGAUGGCACCAGAGGUGAUACGCAAUGAACCAGUCUCUGAAAAAGUCGAUAUAUGGUCUUUUGGAGUGGUGCUUUGGGAGCUGCUGACAGGAGAGAUCCCUUACAAAGAUGUAGACUCUUCAGCCAUUAUUUGGGGUGUUGGAAGCAAUAGCCUACACCUUCCAGUUCCUUCCACUUGCCCUGAUGGAUUCAAAAUCCUCAUGAAACAGACAUGGCAGAGUAAGCCUCGCAACCGCCCUUCUUUUCGGCAGACGCUCCUGCAUUUAGACAUCGCAUCAGCAGACGUUCUUGCCACCCCACAAGAAACUUACUUCAAGUCUCAAGCUGAAUGGAGAGAAGAAGUAAAAAAACAUUUUGAGAAGAUCAAAAGUGAAGGAACUUGUAUACACCGAUUAGAUGAAGAACUGAUUCGAAGGCGCAGAGAAGAGCUCAGGCAUGCUUUGGAUAUUCGUGAACACUAUGAGAGAAAACUUGAGCGGGCUAAUAAUUUAUACAUGGAACUGAGUGCCAUCAUGCUGCAGCUAGAAAUGCGGGAGAAAGAGCUCAUUAAACGUGAGCAAGCAGUGGAAAAGAAGUACCCUGGAGCCUACAAACGACACCCUGUCCGUCCAAUAAUCUACCCCAAUGCCAUGGAGAAACUCAUGAAGAGAAAAGGCAUGCCUCACAAAUCUGGGAUGCAGACCAAACGGCCAGAUCUGUUGAGAUCUGAAGGUAUCCCCAGUAUGGAGGUGGCUCCUGCCGCAUCCCCUUUGUCUGGAAGUCCCAAAAUGUCCACCUCUAGCAGCAAGAGCCGAUACCGAAGCAAACCACGCCACCGCCGAGGGAAUAGUAGGGGCAGCCAUAGUGACUUUGCAGCAAUCUUGAAAAACCCACCAGCCCAGGAAAAUUCACCCCAUCCCACUCACCUGAGCCAGGCUCAAGCCCAGUACUCUACUCCCCAUCACCAUAAUCCUCUGCAGCAGCAAUACCAGCGACCACCUCCUGCCAUUUCUCAGAGCCACCAUCCCAGACUCAGUAUGCAUGGACAGGACAUUGCAGCCUGUGCCAACAACCUGAGGUAUUUUGGCCCAGCAGCAGCCCUGCGGAGCCCACUCAGCAACCAUGCUCAAAGACAGAUGCCCGGCUCUAGCCCUGACCUCAUCUCCACAGCCAUGGCAGCGGAUUGCUGGAGAAGGUCUGAGCCUGACAAGGGCCUGCCUGGCCCCUGGGGCUGUUGUCAGGCUGACCCUUGUGACCCCUGCCUCCAGUGCGGGUCCUCAGACAUGCCCUCUGCUGAGCCGGUGGGGAGGGGCCCAGACCUUUCCAAGUCACCAGCACACAAUUCCAUCUCAGAAAAUGGCCACGCUCCUGAGAAAACAGAAAAAAAUGAAUUCAGUGGCUGUAGGUCUGCAUCAUCCCUUGGCAUCCCUCAUCACAUCACACCCCCCAUGCUACCUCGAAAAAUAAGGCCCCUUCAGAAGAGUGGCGAUGAUUCCUCAGAAGAGGAAGAAGGGGAAGUAGAUAGUGAAGUUGAAUUUCCACGAAGACAGAGGCCCCAUCGCUGUAUCCGCAGCUGCCAGUCUUACUCAACCUUCAGCUCCGAGAAUUUCUCUGUGUCUGACGGAGAAGAGGGCAAUACCAGUGACCAUUCAAACAGUCCUGACGAGUUAGUGGACAAACUUGAAGACCACCUGGCGGACAAGCUAGAUGACCUGCUGUCCCAGACGCCGGAGAUCCCCAUUGAGAUAUCCUCCCACUCAGAUGGGCUCUCUGACAAAGAGUGUGCUGUGCGCCGCGUGAAGACGCAGAUGUCUCUGGGCAAGCUGUGCACAGAGGAACGGGGCUAUGAGAAUCCUAUGCAGCUUGAAGACUCAGACUGUGACUCUUCAGAGGGGGAGUGUUCUGAUGCCACAGUUAGGACCAAUAAACACUACAGUUCUGCCACGUGGUAAUGAAGGAACACUGAUCCUGAAGAUCUCAUGACUGCUGGCAUUUCAAAUCCACCCCACCCUCAGACUCUUCCCACUCUCUCCCUGCUUUUUUGUCUGGGAAGAGAGCUGCCCCAUCUUUCUUACCCUAGAAAUGAGCUGCAAUAACAAGAACGUGAGACUUCGCAAAUCUCUGGAAAAAAAAAUACCCAAAUGAAAUUAAGUCUCACCGAACAUUUCAAUCAAGAAUGGCAGGGAUCUAUUUUAUUGAAUAUUCUAGCUACUGUAACAUUGAUAUUUAUUUUUGUUUGACAUUUUAACACUUUGUACUGUAAAGAGUGAACUAUAUAUGAUAUAUAGAGAGACACAAUAAUUUCUUGCAAAAAAAAAAAGGGAAAGAGAAAAAAAGAAAGCAAGAAAGAAAAGAAAUGGAAUUUAGGAGCAACAUCCUUGGGAAUUUGUGGGGCCAGGAGGUAUUGUUGCUACUUGAACAGGGGACCAGUUCUUUUGGCCGUAAGUAAAUGAAGAAGAGCCAGAGGAAGACAUACUGAGCAUUUUAGGAAA